AUGACAAUUCCUAGUAUCAAUAGAUAUCCCAGGGUGAUUAUUAAGUAUUGUGCCAAAUGCAAGUGGCAAAACAGAGCGUUGUGGUAUCUCCAGGAGUUGCUCCAGACAUUUCCAGAAACCAUCCAGGAUAUUUCUGUUCAACCCAUCUAUGACCAACCAGGCGUAUUUGCUGUAAUACUUGUUCAGUCUGAGACAGAAGAACCGGAGAUAGUGUAUCAAAGAAAGUUCAAGUCGGCCGAGUUGGCUAUUAAGUACGGGGAUAAGGAUGGAUCUCAAUCUGAAGACUACUACUACGAAGGGUUUCCAGAUGCGAAGUUCAUUAAAAUCUUGAUCAGAGACAAAUUGGGUACAGAGGUCAAGUUGGGCCAACAUGUAGAAAAAGACGCCAGUACGAAUUUCUUGACCAGCAAUAAUAACAGAGAUAAAGAUAUCGGUAGCAUAGAUAACAAGAUCGAUUGUCAGGAUUGCAAUCUCGAACAAUAA